CGUAAUAGCACAUCGGACACUGCAGAAACCAACACUGCCAGAGAGAGGGCGAGAGAGGGAGGAAGAAAGAAAGGGAGAGAGAAGUAUAAAGACUGAAGGAGAGAGAUAGAGGCAGCGAGAGGGUAUAAGGGUAUGUUGGAACAGAGAAGAUAGAGGUAGAGAUAGAGGGAAAGUUGAGAGCAGCGCUGUGGUCGACGUAGACCGGGAGGAAGGGAUCGGAGCGGAGAGCGGGACGCUGAAAGUUGCUCGGCACAGAAGCGGUAUUUCUGUAGGAGAAUGGACGCUUCACACGGGACGUGCGCGUACUGAUAACAGGAACUACAGGAGCGCCUCGGCGUGUGUGACGACCUGCCACGCGCCACACACACUUUGGACCGAGUGUGUGUGUGUGUGUGUGUGUGUGUCCUUGCAGCCGCAUGUAACCCUUUUCUGAGCUUCUCGUUUUCUGAAACUUUUCUGUUUCUUUGGAAAUUAGACGGAGGGAAGGUGUUGACAAGGGUGACUUUUGGGGGGGUGGGGUCAGAGACUGUGCCUUUGUGACACCCCCCUGGUACAGGGGGGUCCCCUGACCCUCUACAGCAGGGGUCAUCAAAUCUAGCCCUCGAAUCCAAAUCCAGCCCAGGUUUUCCUUUCUCCCGGGUACUCAACUGAACAGUCAGUGCUACCGAUUGGCCAGCCUGUCUUCACACCUGCCUCCCAGGUAAAGGGAGGGUGGAAAACCAGCAGCGGACUGUGCGUUGAUGCCCCCGGCCCUGCGACAUGGAGAAGUGGAGCAGCGACGAGUCGGUGCGACGCAGCCCGUCGCUGGAGAGCCGCGAUUCGGACGGAGCUUCGGCCUCCGCGCCCCCGUUCAGCGGACGCGGGUUCACCGUGGGAGCGUUCUACGGCUCGGCCAUCCCCCGACCCGCGCCCGACGCGGCCAGUGCCAGCGCGGAGGGCAAGAGCGAGGCCGGGAAACGCGGAGUGCUGAGGGGGAGCAAGUACGUGGUGUUUUACCUGGACCUGUCCUUUGUGUUUCUCCUAGAGUUUAAGAAGUUCAGCAUGGCCAGAGGCUGCCUCUGCUGUCUGAAGUACAUGAUGUUCCUCUUCAACCUGGUCUUCUGGUUGUGUGGCUGUGGUCUGCUUGGAGUGGGGAUCUGGCUGUCCGUGUCACAGGGAAGCUUCGCCACGUUCUCCCCCUCCUUCCCCUCCCUCUCCGCUGCCAACCUGGUCAUCAUCAUCGGCACCAUCGUCAUGGUGACCGGCUUCCUGGGCUGUCUGGGCGCCAUUAAGGAAAACAAGUGCCUGCUUCUCAGUUUCUUCAUCAGCUUGCUGGUAAUCCUCCUGGCAGAGUUGAUAUUGCUCAUUCUGUUCUUUGUUUAUAUGGAUAAGGUGAGUGAGAAUGCCAGGCAGGAUCUGAAGGAUGGGCUGGCACUGUACCACACCGACAACAACGUGGGCUUGAGGAACGCGUGGAACAUCAUCCAGGCAGAGUGGAAGUGCUGUGGAGUCACCGGGUUCACAGACUGGCAUGACGCUCUGAGGGAGAGGGUGGUGCCAGACCGCUGCUGCCAGGAGCACUACCAGGAAUGCGGCCGAAACGCCACCAACCUGUUCUGGACCCGGGGCUGCUAUGAGAAGGUAGAGGAAUGGCUAGAUGACAAUAAGCACCUUCUGGGCACCAUCGGCAUGUGUAUACUGGUGAUACAGCUUCUUGGCAUGGCCUUCUCCAUGACCCUGUUCCAGCAGAUCCACAGAAUGGGGAAGAAGUACGAUGCCUAGCAGGAAGUGAGGCCCUAGCUUGGAGACAGGUCCAGGGACCCACCUGGGGGGACACUGGAAGGGGCCUCCACAGCCCCAACACACCCCCAUCUCUUCCCACAUCACUGGACCACAGCCACACUGCCUGGCUAAAGGUUCAUUGCCAAAGAGAAACUGAACUAGAGAGAAAUGGAGCAACACAUGCUCCUCCUUCCUGUGGUUUAUCCUCAACAGUGGACCCACUGAUUUACAAAAAAGACUUUACCCCCCCUUCCUCAAGUUAAAUGGAUUUGAAUGUUGAUAAAAUAACACCUAUUCCUGUAAAGAAAGGUAAAAAGCUCAACCCUUGCAUGCCCAAGACUUCUCUUCUAAUCAGUGGAUAACACUGUUAUUUAAAGGUUUUUUUGUAAUUCAUUCUAUUUUUUCAAAACUGUUUUGUGGAAAAUAUGUAUGUGUUUUAUCACAUAAUAUGAUUUUACUGGUGGAAAUGCUAGUUGGACUGGACAGAGAAUAGGAGACCCCAUCUGAGGAGAGCCACCAUCUUACAUUGAAAUGAGAGCAUUGGACUGUAACAAGGAGAGACCGUCUGAUACUUCUUCAUGAAGACAACACUCAUUGGCUAUGUUAUUGCAAGCAUAGAAGUGUAUUUCAGAGACUCCAGUGGAUUCUGAAAGGUGAUUUCCCUCUGAGAAGCAUGUGUAUUCAGCUCUGGUGGUAUUGCAUUCAUCCAAUUAAAGGAUUUGGUGCAGCAGACAACCCCUUGUGGUACUAUUGUGUGUGUACAGUACAGCUCUAUGGUGCACUAGCAGGGGGCAGAACUGCCAAAAAUCUGCCUGGGAGCCUCCUCAGACAUCUUCAGUAGUCUCCAUGAGCCUCCAGGAAUCUCUGAUAGUCUCCAUGAGCCUCCAGGAAUCUCCAGACAUCUCCAAUAGUCACCACAAGUCUCUAGGAAUCUCCAGACAUCUCCAAUCGUUUGAGCAUCCAGACAUCUACAAUAUUUUCCACAAGUCUCCGGGAAUCUCCAGUAGUCUAACUGAGCCUCCAGACCCCUCCAGAACCCCAGAAGUCUUCCGGGGUUUUCCUGUCAAGUUAAGAUGGAUGCUCUUCUCCGCUGUAUUGUUUUGUUUUUCCCAUUUGGGUUCUGGACCUUAUUCUGUUCUUUCUGAAGCGGUUUUGCGUAUAAUACAUGCUCUCAUUCCUCUCAUCAGCGCUGAUAUAGCUAUAUCCAUAUCUACAGUAUGUUCUGAAUGUCUGCUGGUAUUCUUGACACACCUUGGCCUGCCCUGGCCACGCCCCCUGCCGUGGGUGUUCGAGGAAGUGGAGUGCUGGGUGGUGUGCAAAGGGAAUGCAGAACCCGCACCCACUGGUAGGAGUUCCCUCCACCCUUAAUCCUCUCCAACUCUCAGUCCACUGCACAUUUAGUCCCCUCCCAUAUUCAGUCCUCUGUCACCUCAGUGAUUUGUCUUCUGACUCAAAGACUCCUUGUCAUUUUGUCUGUGGCAUGAUUGAACCUGAGGUUGAUAUGAUUCCUGUGUGUGGCAGUGCAAGUCACAGCCGAAGGGUCUGCUUCAGGGGACUCCUGCAUCCUGCUUGGAUUCAUCCCCAUUCGCAGGAGUUGGUGAUCCUGCGAAUGGGGAUGACAUGGAGCUGAUUAUUACACACUGUCCCUUCAUUUCACAUGUUGAAUUAUCAUAAGGUUUGUAGAGCCAGCAGCUUGAUGAGAAACUGAACGAUGUUUAGAAUUACUGAUUGCUUGAUUGCUUGAUUGAUCGAUUGACUGAUGUGUUCAGGGUUAGAUUUUAGGUUAGGAAUGAAUUUGAUUGAUUUGCAUGUCAUUCUCAAUCAUUUAAAAACCAUACCUGUGUCCUUGUAUGUAAAUGGUAAAUGGAAGUUUAAUAAUUCAGUGUACUAAAUAUCAGUUUGAUAAUUCAGUGUGAUAAAUACUGGCGUGAUAAUUCAUUGGAAAAUUCUUGUGAUAAUUCAGUGUCGCAAAUAUCAUUGUGAUAAUUCAGUGUGGUAAAUACUGGUGUGAUACAGUAAUUCAGUCCGAUGAAUGCGGGUGUGAUAAUUCCGUAUUUGUUUUUUGGGUUUCCUCGAGUGGAGCAUCUCCUGUCCUUCAUGUGUCAUUCACCGUUUGUACUGAUUCCAUUCCCAGCUGGUUUCUCUGAUAAUGGGAGAAACCCAUGGCAUUUAAGCCGCCAUUUUUCUUUAAUCCUUUUUGUUAUCAUAAAGCAGUUUUUGUAAUUGAUAUAUAAAAAAGGUGGUUUGCUCAAUAAUGAGAGCAUGGUGCCAUUAUUAAUAAUCAAUUGGAAUGAAUCAAGAACAUUUUUGUUUAAAAUUAAUUAACCGUUGAAUUUGUUUAUUAAAGAAAGGAGUGACAA